UUUCGAUGUUUCGACGGUUUCGAAGCGCUUCGCAAGAGCUGCCGAAAAUGCCCACAGUCACGCAGUGAACUUACCUAAAUUUUACGACAAUAUUAAUAAUUCUAAUAAGUGACAUUAGUUAUUUAUUAUUUUAUAAAAAGUGUCUGCAAUCGCUUGAGCGCACGAAACUAGAAAAUAACGCCAGAUACGUAUCUGCGGUGGCCGUCGACAUCAGUGAUCAUGAUGGCGGCGAUAGCUUCAUUUCAGAAAAAAAUAGCCGAUCUUCAGGCUCGGCUGAUGGCCGAGAAUGACGCGAAGAGUAGAGACAAACUGCCUCGGGAUCUCAACUUAAACUUCUCGAGUCCGCAACACACACCACGAUCGAGGCCCAGGCCAUUCCUGCUUGGAGAGAUGACGGCAGCUGGCCGGUCCACCCGACAGUUCUCGCUGCCCACCUCCAGUCCCGUGAUGACCAGACAGGACAGCGGGGGUGCAGAGUCGGAGCGCAAGCUGCAGGAGAUCCUGCAGGCGGGCAACGUGCUGACGAUAGGCGGCCAGCGGCACCGGGUAAAGACCGAGGACCUGGAGCAGUUGGGGGACCUGGGGUGCGGCACGUGCGGCCACGUGGUGAAGAUGCGCCACAGGCCCACGGGCAAGGUGCUGGCGGUGAAGCAGAUGAGGCGCUCUGGCAACCGGGAGGAGAACAAGCGCAUCACGAUGGACCUGGAGGUGGUGCUGCGCUGCCAGGACUGCCCCCACAUCGUCCAGUGCCUUGGCUACCUGAUGACGGAGGGGGAGGUGUGGAUCUGCAUGGAGCUGAUGUGCACCUGCCUGGACAAGCUGCUGCGGCGGCUGCGGCCCCGGGCCCUGCCCGAGGACAUCCUGGGCCGCACGGCCCUGGGGGUGCUGCGGGCCCUGCACUACCUCAAGGAGCGCCACGGCCUCAUCCACCGGGACGUGAAGCCCUCCAACGUGCUGCUCGACCGGGCCGGAAGGGUGCGCCUGUGCGACUUCGGCAUCAGCGGCCGCCUCGUCGACUCCAAGGCCCGCACGCGAUCGGCCGGCUGCGCCGCCUACAUGGCCCCCGAGCGGAUCGACCCGCCGGACCCGACCAAGCCGGACUACGACAUCCGGGCGGACGUCUGGAGCCUGGGCAUAUCCAUGGUGGAGCUGGCCACGGGCCAGUUCCCGUACAAGGACUGCAAGACGGACUUUGAGGUGCUGAGCCGGGUGCUGCAGGAAAAGCCCCCCAGCCUGCCGAACGACGGGUCCUUCUCCCCCGAGUUCUGCUCCUUUGUCAAAGACUGCCUUACAAAGGACUACAGGGAGAGGCCCAAGUACCGGGAGCUCCUGGAGCACCCGUUCAUCAAGCGCUACGAAACGAAGGAGGUGGACGUUGCGGCCUGGCUGGCGGAGGUCAUGGACGGCUCUUCCGAGGACGGACUGUGAGCGCGGGGGCGCAACCGAACCCAACCCAUGCCCCGAGCGGGAGAUGCGGAGCCCCGCUUCGGGCUGCCAUGCCCUCCACAUUUUCUGUUUAAGGGUAGCGGCGACGCGUGGCUUUCGCCGAAGGGGCUUAAGCCCCGCCCCCCCAAAAAGUAUGGGAGACGCGCCCUCGGCUUGGGGUUUUGCUCGCGGCGCCGGUUCUUUGGGAGGGCUCUAGGGGGUGCCAGACAUGGGGAGGGGGGGCACAGUCAAAGCGAAGCACGAUGGGGCGUUUCGCACGUCGCUCGAGCGUAGCACUCUUUAUUUGUGCAAGUGUCUGGGCGUUGCCUUUUUUUGGGGGGGCUUUCUGCGUGCGAAGAGGCCUGCGCCAUGUUUAUUGUGCACCGUUGCCAGUCUCGCUCGGUUGUGCCUUUCUUUCUCGAGUAGCGAGCCACUGGUCGAGUUUGGUUGUCUUCUCCCCCUCAUGGUUCGGUUCUCGAUCGAGGUGGUUUGUCGUCGAUAGUCCGUGCAAAAAGCUCUCGUCUCCAACGGGAACUGCGGCCGUCGUCUCAUGCGGCUCCAUUCGCCCGUCCGAGCACGAGUCGCUAGCCGUGACCGAGACACAAUAGCUACGAGACUCUCUGGACCUCGGUGUCGUUGCAGGUGCGUCGCGGUCAGUUUACACGCCCUGCGGUCUGCGUGCGAAGUGACAAAGUCACAAGUCGACUUUGCAGUUUCGGACGUUUACGUGCCGUCGGGUUGGGAAGCGGUCGACAUACCAAAGCGGUAGUGUUAUUUGUACAGUCGUCGCUCCCGUUUCUUUUUCGUUAGGGCAAGUUUUACAUCUGAAGUUUUUUAGCGUUUAAUCUCUUUUAAAUGCUUUGAGAAAGCUUCUUUUUCCUCGGCCUUUUCUUCUGUGACGAGUGCGGCUGGCGCGCGCUUUGUUUCUUGCCGCACGAAAGUCGCCGGCCCUGUGCCUCGAAAAGACAAAGCGCGUGUCACGAGCCGGGCUCGUCUGCGCUGCCGAGGCUGCCUCGUCUCUUCGACUUGGUUAACAAUAGACCCUUUUCGAAAUUUAGGCUGGCAACUUUGAUCACCAUCGUCAUCUCGGUGCUUGGCAUCGGCGCCAAAUUAAUGGCAGCCUUCUUGAGGAUGAUGAAGGAAGAAGUUGAAGAUAUUACCGAGCGGAGGACACGCGAGGCCUGUACAUUCGAGACGUCUAUACAACGCGAUGUACUGAUUGAAUGCACAGGCUGCUUAAACGUCUAUUUUAGAGUCUGUUCCAAGCAAUUUUUUGGCAUAAGCUUGGCUCUAUAAAACCUUUUGAUGGCAGAAAUUUAGUAGAGGGGCCUACGAGUCGCGGGUUUGUACCGGCCAGUUCUUAUCCUCGCACCGUUGAAACGGACACAAAUCAAGAAAGACUUUUAAGAUGAUCGACGAAGCAAUACUCAUCCGCCAUUGGUGUGCCGAAGUGACAGUGCCCGACGAAAUACAGUUUCGUGACCGCCAUUAGCUUAUUGAAUGUGAAACUACUUUUUGAGCCACCAGGUGGCGCUGAAUUUUGAAAAGGGUCUGUUGAGAAGUUUGUUUUAGAAAGGGUCAUUGCAGGAACGGCGACGUCCACGCCACUCUUCUGGGGGUUGUGAAACGUUUUAUCUGGCGUCAGCUGCUCGUAUUUACGGUGGAAAGAAAAGACUGUGAGCAUACCUCCAUCUAGUGAGAUUUUGUUUUCACACGCGUGUAGCAUUGCAGUUUGGAGAAAUGCUUUUUUCGUGGCCUCUUCGUACGGAGUGCAGGGAGUUAUCAUGGGGGGGGGUCCCUGUCUGUGUUUUAACGGUGUCCGCCUACUUAAAUCUCUCGGCGCGCGUUUUGUCGACGAGUUGUUGUACAUAAUUCUGCACCAGAGGCACGCAGCAGGUGCACGUCGAUCCGUGCAGCGACUGUACAUAAUAAGGCGGCACGAUUGGCCCCGCCCCUUCUCCUUCGAGAGGUACUGGUGACCGUGCGGAAGACCGUCUGGCAUCUGAUACGGACGCGCACCACGCUCGGGGAAGGCCACCAGCAUGGCUUCCUCUGGCAAAAACAGUUGCACUUGUCUGGUGAAAAGAAAAAUACCUAGUCAGUUUUGCUUCCUUUAUUUUUUUUUUACCCUUUCAUAUACAUGCUUAGUGGGGCCCGAUAAGUAGCGAAGAAUUUCGCCGCGCAACGGCUGCAAUGCAAAGAAUUGUGGGAAGCGUGCUUAGAGAGAAGAAAUUUCUUUGAGGCUCGUGUCCAGUUGCGAGGUAUCGAAGCGUCUUCCGUUGCGGGGGACGUGGGCUGCAUCAUUCCGCUCGCAGCGGCAGACGAGUCGCCUCGUCGGUCCCUCGAGGAGAAUCUCAAGGACGGCGCGUGCAACGAUCUCUCCGGAGCCGUCCGACAAUGCCCAAGUCCGGUCUGCUCCGUGCGGCGCUUCCUUCCGUGGGUGGCUCGCUCUCGCGCGACUCGGGCAUGGCGGGGGUCGGAAGGGGCGCCGCUUUCGGGGGGCGGCUUUAGUUCACUCUUUCCCGCGGAACCGCGGUGUACAUUGGAAAGGGACCGCUUUGCUCACAAAGUGAAAUAAACUGACGUUUCGCGGUUCA